UGUGCUGCAGAAUCAGUCGAACGCCGCUCGCGCACACGAUAAGUCACGUGCUCAGACUAGCUCCGCUGGCCCGGUCCUGCACUCAAACUGCUCAACUAGCAGCACUCGCAACAUCAACAGCAACAUAAUCAACAACAGCAACACUGCAGCCAAGUGUCAAGUGCGCAGGAGCAGCAAAACAAAUACAACAAAUACAAUACCACCAACGACAAUGGAUCACAACAUGCACGUGAACGCGCCGCUGCACCACUGGGGCUACGCCGCCGGAGCCGGUGUUGUGAUGCCCGGCGCCACCGCCACCACGCCCCAGAGCCACUGGGUGCCGCCGCCGCAGUCGCACCACAGCGGCCACAGCAACCACAGCAACCACGGCCACGGACAGAGCCACUCGCAUGGUCACAGCCACGGACACGGACACGGACACGGCAGCCUCAAGCGGACGCUCUCCGAGAGCGACUGCGACGACCUCUACUCCGAGGAGUCCUCCAAAGAACAAAUCUCGCCCAGUGAACCAGGAAGCUGCCAACUGAUGAGCCGCAAGAAGCGUCGCGGAGUGAUCGAGAAGAAGCGGCGGGAUCGGAUCAACUCCUCGCUCACCGAGCUGAAGCGUCUGGUGCCCUCCGCCUACGAAAAGCAGGGAUCCGCCAAGCUGGAAAAGGCCGAGAUCCUGCAGCUGACCGUGGAGCAUCUAAAGAGCUUGCAGUCCAAAACUCUCGACUCGCUGAGCUUCGACCCGCAGCGCGUGGCCAUGGAGUACCACAUCAUCGGGUUCCGGGAGUGCGCCGCCGAGGUGGCCCGCUACCUGGUCACCAUCGAGGGCAUGGACAUCCAGGACCCGCUGCGCCUGCGCCUCAUGUCCCACCUGCAGUACUUCGUGCAGCAGCGCGAGUUGUCGGCCAAGAGCUGCGCCAGUCCAACUGGCUGGACCGCAGCCCCGCCCAGUUCCUCCGGCUAUCAGCCCAACUGCGCAGCGUCUCCCUAUCAGAGCUAUCCGGCUCCGGCGAAUCCGGGUGCCUACGUGUCCAGCUAUCCCACGCUGAGUGCCUCGCCCGUCCAGCAGAGCCAGCAGAUCGGAGGAAGAACCAGUGUCUCGCGCACCAGUGGAGCGGGAGUGAACGAAGCGAUUCCCAGCCAUGACAUCCACUCCGAAAACAGCAACCAGCAGCAGCAGCACCAACAGCAACACCAGCAACAGCAACAGCAACAGCAGCAACAGCAACAGCAGCAACAGCAACAGCAGCAACAGCAACAGCAGCAACAGCAGCAACAACAGCAGCAACAACAGCGCACACAGACAACUCCUCAGCCAGCGCAGCAGCAGCACUACACCCACGACCACAGCGUGGUGCAUCCGGAGCAGCAGAUACCCACCUACAUAGAGCUGACCAACAGCAACCGUCCGCCGGCCGAGGGAUCCGAGGGCCUCAGCUACAGUGCCGCUCCGCAGUAUCCGGUUGGAGGAGGCCAGGACUACAACAACUCCAGUGUCCUUCAAUAUGCCACGCCCAACGGAGCCAAGCCCUAUCGUCCAUGGGGCGCCGAGAUGGCCUACUGAGCGGAGAACCCCGGCGAAGGCCAGGAACAACAGAACAGGAUCUCUAGUCAGAGCAAACCAAAGUGUGAUAGUCUUAAGUUUCGCAUCCUAAACAGAGAAAAAAGAAAAGAUUACAGUGAGAUUAGCUAGUACCUCAAGGCAUUUACAUAUAUUUACACCUAAAUUUACACCUAAUUCGCAUAAGUUUAUGAACCUUUUGUGAACGUAUUGUAAAUAAACGGCAAUGUUGAUAAGCGAA